GGCGGCGUGCUAGUCGACGCAGAGGGACGCAUCUCGUACUUCUGGUACUCGUACUCGUUUCAACGCAAUGGCGAGAGCUUUGGCUCAGACAAAGGCAUGUCCACGCGACACGUCCAGACAGCGCUACAGAUGAUCAGAUCGGGCGCUGAUCUGUGGUACAAAACCAUUGACUGUGAACUGUGCUACAUGCAACUGGCCGAGGCCAAGGCACAGGGACUGCCAGGUGUGUGUUAG